AUCAAAGGCCCGUGACCGUGAUUGAAUCGGGUUUUACUAUAAAACGUCAUCGUUCAGUUGGCCGAGUCUGAAAACAACCAGGAGAUGGCGGGAAAAUCUGCAAAAGGACCUAAUUUUCUAGGGUUUGCAAGAAAGAACGAGCGUUCGUUCAUUGUCCAUGUUUUCUGUGAAGAAAUUCUGUAACUCACGAUUCGAAACCAUUAGAGAGAGAGAGAGAGAGAUUGUAGAACUUGAUUCGAGAGGUUAAAUAAGAUGCCAACGUACAAGAUCAGAGGAGUCAAUGUGGAUUUCCCAUACGAAGCUUACGAUUGCCAGCUUGUUUACAUGGAAAAAGUGAUCCAAUCUCUUCAAGACAGAUCUAAUGCAUUAUUGGAGAGCCCUACUGGAACUGGGAAAACUUUGUGUCUUCUUUGUGCUACAUUGGCUUGGAGGAAGAAUUUGGGAGACUUCUCAACCCGUGCAGGUGAGAGAAGAGGUCAUAAUGCGGGAGUUGAACUUUCCAAUGAACCAUUGUCGCAGUCUGAAUCGUCAAAUAUACCCCCAAUAAUAUACACAUCACGUACUCACAGCCAGCUUCGGCAAGUUAUUCAAGAGUUGAAAAGAACCAAUUACAGGCCCAAAAUGGUAGUAUUAGGAUCUCGUGAGCAAUUAUGCAUUCAUGAGGAAGUGAGUUUGCUCCAUGGAAGAACCCAGACAAAUGCCUGUCAUUCCCUUUGUAGAAAGCGCAAAAAGCGAUAUUGCCGCCAUUUUCCUCGUGUUACAGAAUUCAUGAAGGAAAAUCCCAGUAUUGGAGAUCAACCUAUUGAUAUAGAGGAUUUGGUCAAUAUUGGAAAAAGCUGUGGAGCGUGCCCUUAUUAUAUGUCACGAGAGCUCCACAAGGUUGCUGAUAUCGUAUUUGCACCUUAUAACUAUCUUAUUGAUCGUGGGAACAGAAAAUCUCUUUCGAUUAGGUGGAACAACAGCAUACUGAUAUUUGAUGAAGCUCACAACUUGGAAAGCUUAUGUGCAGAUGCUGCAUCUUUUGACCUGCCUUCAGGAAUUCUGACAACUUGCAUUUCUGAAGCAAAAAAUUGCAUAGACCUUUCUAUUGCAAGGAGGGAAAUCUCAAAUGACAAAUCAUGUAAUCCAGAUAAUUUUGCUAUUCUUAGAGCGCUUCUGUUAAAACUUGAGAAGCGAAUUGCUGAAAUACCUAUUGAAUCCAAAGAAUUGGGUUUUACCAAGCCUGGGCCUUACAUUUACGAACUACUUGCUGAUCUGAAUGUCACACAUAAAACUUCCACAAAGCUGAUUAAUAUAAUUGAAGAAGCGACUUUGCUUCUUGAGGAAGAUGCAAAUGCCACUGAUAGUGGAGGGCCACACAAGGUGAAAGGAACCGUAUGCAGACUGGAAAGCAUGGGUGACAUUCUUGGAAUAAUUUUCAGAGAUGGGGGUAGAGCUCAUGCUGAAUAUUAUCGUUUUCAUGUUCAGGAAGUUGAAGCAAGUGCUACAGCUGCUUUUAAAGGUAGGGCAUCUAGAACACUCAGCUGGUGGUGUUUUAAUCCAGGAAUUGCCAUGGAAGAAUUCUCCAAGUUGGGUGUUGGAUCUAUCAUUUUGACAUCUGGCACAUUAUCUCCAUUGGAUUCGUUUGCUCAGGAAUUUAAGUUAGAAUUUCCUGUUCGAUUGGAGAACCCUCAUGUUAUAUCAACAAAUCAGAUAUGGGCUGGAGUUGUACCGACUGGUCCAUCUGGUUACUCUUUCAACUCUUCAUAUCGGAGUCGUGAUUCCAUAGAAUACAAGCUGGAGCUUGGUAAUGCUAUUGUCAAUUUUGCUCGAAUCGUACCGGAUGGACUGCUAGUAUUUUUUCCAUCUUACUACCUUCUGGACCAAUGUAUUGGGUGCUGGAAGAAUAUGAAUCAUACAAACUCAACAAAUUCCAGCACAAUCUGGGAGAGAAUCUGCAAACAUAAGCUACCUGUCAUUGAACCUAGACAAUCAUCACUUUUCCCUUUGUCAAUUGACGACUAUAUGACUAAGUUGAAGGAUUCCUCAACUUCUGGUGCAGUAUUUUUCGCAGUUUGUCGUGGCAAGGUAAGUGAAGGGUUAGAUUUUGCAGACCAUGCUGGAAGAGCUGUGGUUAUCACUGGAAUGCCAUAUGCCACGAUGACUGAUCCAAAGGUUCGUUUAAAACGGGAGUACUUGGAUCAACACACACAGUCACAACUGAUGGGAUGCAAGUUGCAGGUUCUGACUGGAGAGGAGUGGUAUGGUCAACAGACCUUACGGGCUGUGAAUCAGGCUGUUGGUCGUGUCAUUCGUCAUCGCCAUGAUUAUGGAGCAAUUAUAUUUUGUGAUGAAAGGUUUGCACAUCCAAGUCGUCAGUCGCAGAUAUCACUUUGGAUACAGCCUCAUAUCAAGUGUUACUCCAAAUUUGGGGAUGUAGUUUUCACAUUGACACGUUUUUUCCGAGAUGGAGUAACUCGUGGUCCUACAAAGCUGGAACUGACACGAAGUGAAGACCACGGAAAUGUGAACACAUUGAAAACACCCCAGUCUAUGGACAAACUUCACUUAGAAAACUUUCUUGCUCCAUUGACCACACCAGUGGAUUCAGAUUGCUCUGUUAAGUUAUCAUCUUCUAUAUCUCAGGUUAAAGGAGGGAAAAGUUUUAGCAAUUGGGGAGGAAUUCUUCCUGCUAAUCGUUCUUCACUAACUUCCAACAAGCAAAUUCAGAGUUUAACCUGGAAACAUUCAAGUGAUCUGCUUUGCAAUGAGAAAAAAUUGUUAAUUCCUGGGAGGAAAAGUAAACGUAACAUAAAUCAUUUAAUAGAUUUGACUUGCAAUGCUUCAGCGGAUGAAGAAACAAGUAGAGAACUGAUCGUGCCAUGUUCUUCGAAGAAGCCUAGAAUAGAGCUUGAUCCACUGCAACAUAUUGGGAAUUCUGAUGAACCUUCAUACAUUGUCAGUGACGCACAACUGAGCAAUGCACCUACCAUAAACGAUUCGAUGAUUGAACAAAGAAAGAGAACGGAAUUUCUGAAUCAGAAAAACAAGGUUGUUCUGCUGAGUCCUGCACCUUGUGAUGAAGAAAGAAGGGGAUCUGAUUUUUUGAUACAGGUUAAAGAGAAGCUUAACGAUGUAGAGUAUAAAGAAUUUGUGGGUUUCAUGAAGGCACUCAAGUCUAAAGCCAUGCAGAUAGGUCAAGUUUUGCAAUGCAUUGUGGGAUUAUUCUCUUUUCCAGAUAGAAUCCCUCUUCUUCAAAGAUUCAAGGAUUAUAUCCCUGCAAAGUAUCGUUCCUUAUAUGAGCAGUACCUUAGAAGAAGUGAUGACGAAGUUGACAUAUGAAAGUACUUUAGGGCACAAAUAAAUAAUCAACUUGUGAUUGUGAGAUGAAUAAGUGGGGGGAAAAAGGAAGCAAAACAAACUCAAUCUCAAUCUGAAUGACUCUUUUGGUGUAACUACUGCCAAGAAAGUUCAGGAAACAUUUCCUCUAUCAUGCUAUGGGUCGCUGCUUUCCAGAUUUUGAGAAACAACAAUCUGGUGGUCCAUUGUACAAAUUCUGAAGCUUAAUGAACCAGA